AUGAAGGCGGUAACAGUACAAGUAAACAACAAGAGAAAUGCAGAAAGGUUAACGAAGGAAGGCAAAAUCAGAGUGGGAUUGGCGAUUUGUCGAGUAGAAAGAAGAGAAGAAAUAAGGAAGUGUAUUUUGUGUUGGUCCCCGUUACACAUAGCAAAACAUUGUGACAACCCAAACAGAAAAGGUUGCUGUUAUAAUUGUGGAGAGGAAGGGCACCAGACAAAACAAUGUCCAAACAAAGAGAGAUGCCCCGAUUGUGAAAAAGAGGGACACAGAGCCGGCACAGGAAAGUGUCCGAUUUACAGAAGGUUGUUACAGAGAGCAAGAAACGUUAGAGAGGCCAGAGGAAAGGAGAAAAAGAUCGAAAAUGAACGAAGGAAGGGUGAAAUUAUGAAUGACUAUGGAGAAGGAGAAGAAGGGAAAGAAAUUCAGGAUGGUGGACACGCGGAAGUUAUUGGUGAUAAAAAAAGGAAGAAACCAGGAAGUGAAGGUGGGGAGCACAGCAAGACAGAGUCGUCUUCGGAUAAGGAAGACGGGAAUAGGGAAGAAUGGAAAAUGCAGAGAAUGAGGGUAAAGAAGAAAUGA